ACCUAAUUAUUAUAUAAGGAUGAAUAUGGUCGAGAAUUUAGUCACAAUCAAUGGUACCCUUCACAGACAUGUUGGAAUAGAGGCUGGUAAUAAACUGCAUGAAUUGGAUGUUUGUGCUAGGACAAAUAAACGUGUUAUAGACUUAAAGAGACACACAAGAACCCAAACUGCUAAAAAAGGACACAAAUGUAAUAUGUGUGAGAGAGAAUUUUCUACAAGUAGUAACUUAAAGGUACACAUGAGAACACAUACAGGAGAAAAACCUCAUGAAUGUGAUGUUUGUGGUAAACGUUUUAGUCUGCUUUGUAAUUUACAGACUCAUACGAGAACACAUACAGGUGAUAAACCUUAUGGCUGUGAUGUAUGUGGAAAUCGAUUUAGUCAGCUUGAUAGAUUGCAUAGCCACAUGAGAACACAUACAGGUGAUAAACCUUAUGACUGUGGUGUAUGUAGUAAAGGGUUUAGACAGCAUAGUGGUUUAAAGACUCACAUGAGAAUACAUACAGGUGAUAAACCUUAUGACUGUUGUGAAUGUGGUAAGGGGUUUAGUCAGUUUGCUGGUUUACAAUUACACAUGAGAAUACAUUCAGGCGAUAAACCACAUAACUGUGAUGUAUGUGGUAAGGGGUUUCGUCAUCGUGGUAAUUUACAGAGACACAUGAGAAUACAUACAGGUGAAAAACCCUAUAACUGUGAUCUGUGCGGUAAACGGUUUAGUCAACAAGACUGUUUACAGAUUCACAUGAGAGCACAUACGGGUGAUAAACCCCUUAACUGUAAUGUAUGUGGUAAACGGUUUAGUCAGCAUGGUCAUUUACGGAAUCACACGAGAACACAUACAGGUGAUAAACCCCAUACCUGUGAUGUAUGUGGUAAAGCAUUUAUUCGAAGUUAUAACUUAAAGAGACACAUUAAAAUACAUAGAGGGGAACAAACUCCUAAAUUGGAUUUAUGAUCCUGAUAUUUAUGUUGAAUAAAUUUCUGAAAGAUUC